AUGGCCAUCCAGGAGGACAUGGCCACCGAUGAGGAGGCUAAGAUCAACACCAUCCUCACCUGCUUCCCUCAUGAAAAGUCCUUGGAAUCACUCGUCUUCAUUCCUCGCUUCCGCCAACGUCUCUCCAUUCUCUCAAAAUGGUCCAUCUUACCUGGAAGCCGGGUCCUUGACAUCGGUUGCGGACAAGGUGACUCCUCCCUUGCUCUAGCUCUAGAACUCGGUCCAGCUUGUCACGUCACCGGCAUCGACACCGCUCCCCCCGACUACGGCACCCCUAUGAACGUCGCCCAAUCCCAAGAAAAGAUCCUCCAAUCCCCUCUGGGCAACCGCCUGGCCUUCCAAAACGAAGUCGACGCCGCCACCUUCUUCAAGUCCAAGAAGCCUGUCGUCGACAAGUUCGACGCCGCAACAGCCUGCCACUCCCUCUUCUACUUCCCGUCCUACUCCUCCGUCGCCUCUUUAUUCCAAGAACUAGCCUCCGCCGGCGUCGAAAAGGUCUACGUAGCCGAGUACGACCAGAAACAAACGCCCUCCUUCCCUGCGAGCCAAACACCACACAUCCUCGCCGCCAAGGCCCAGGCGCUUUAUUACGCUUAUAAAGCGGAAGCCGACGCCGAUGCAGCCGAUGCCGCACUCGCACUCUCACAAAAGGAACAGCACGAUGAUCAGCAGCUACAUGUAGGCCACAUCUCCGCUAAGAACGGAGAGCCGCCGCUGAAUAUACGCGCUGCACCUGAUGUCGAGAGCAUCACUCGAGCGGCUAAGGAGGGUGGUGGGUUUAGAGUAAAAAGGCAAGGCAAGUUCACGCCCGGGGAGGACUAUCUGAGGGACACUUUGAGACGAGGUAUGUGCGAGGGCCGAGGUUUGAGGCGAGGGUUAAGGAGGAGGAGUUUGCCAAUGAGAGGGAGGAGGAGAUUUUGGGGGUCAUUGAGGAGGUUAGGAGGGCGUAUGAGGAGAUGGAAAAGGGGGGAGUGGAGAAGGUGA